CAGUUUCGCGCACGACGACACGCGGGCGCCAGCCAAGCGUCUCGGGGCCGAAACCGGUGAUGCGGAGAAGUCCAAGACAGUUGGGGCAAUAAUCCGAGAUUCUUAUGUUCGCCGCGGCCAGCCGCCCCUCCAAACUCACCACGCUCGCGCUUGCAUUUCCGACGACUUCACUCCUUUAGUGUCUGUGUUCUGUGUUGCGACUGCUUCCCUCCAUAACACAUCUCGGCCUGCUAUCAAGAUGAUCUCUUGCUAAGAGAAACCCUCCCCGUUGAAGGCCUCGGCUUCCGUUUUGUUGCACCAUCCCUACAUCCUCAACAGUAUUACUCAUCUGCAUAUCUCCAAAAUUGACCGGUCUGAAUCGCAAACAAUGGCUGUCCAGAAUCUUUCAAGAGCGGCGCGAAUUAUCCUGGUUGGCGCACCAGGAGUGGGCAAGGGCACUCAGACCGAGCGUCUGAUGAAAAAGUUCCCGGAGCUCUCUUCGAUCAGCUCAGGCGAUCUGCUCAGGAAGAAUGUCAGAGAGCAAACCCCGCUGGGCAUCCAGGCCGAAUCCAAGAUGAAGGCCGGCGCACUGGUCCCCGACAGCAUGAUUCUACGACUCAUCAUCAACGAACUUUCAACGCGCGGAUGGAUUAGGGACAGCACUCUGCGGCCAUACGCCGUGUAUUCGAGCUCAGCGACCGUAGAGGAAACGACAGUCGACUCGGUGUCCAUCCCGUCUGCGAUCAAGACAGCAAAGUACACAUACUCGGAUCAUCCCGAGGCCUCGUUUAUUCUCGACGGCUUUCCUCGCACGGCAAACCAGGCGGUCCAGCUGAACGACAUUGUGCCCAUCAAUAUGGUUGUCAGCAUCGACACGCCGAGUGAGAUCAUUAUUGAUCGCAUUUGCAAUCGGUGGGUGCACGCACCCUCAGGGCGUGUAUACAAUACCACCUUCAAUGCGCCGAAGGUGGAAGGCAAGGACGACAUUACCGGCGAGCCGCUUACGCGCCGGGCCGAUGACGAUCCUGAGGUGUGGAAGCAGCGAUUACGGAGCUUCAAGGAGAACAACGAGCCGCUCCUCGAGCACUACGACAAGGCCGGCCUUUUGUGGACUGUGAACGGCAACAGCAGUGACGAGAUCACCCCCCAGCUGUUCAAAGAGUUCGGCAGGCGCUUUGGGAUACCUCCUCCCGAGAUUAUUGGCGGCCUGUAGUCUGUUAUAUACCAUUUUGCUUGCUUGGAUGGGUGGCAGGUUUCGGCAGCAUGUCGACGACAUGGCACGGCCUUCUGUGUGUUUCUAUGUAUUACGAAGCUCCGAGGUACUUGUAUGAUUGGGCAGGCACGGGUCUCUUUCACUUGUAUAUAUUGACCGCCACUGGCACGCGCGGUCACGUUCCCUGUAAACGCUC